UGUUUCAGCAUAAGCCGGCGAACGUGAACUUGUUGGAAGCUGUAUUGUAUCGUCUCCAGUUCAUUCGCCUCAUGCUCCUUUCACUCAGUUUAUUAGCUGUUUCGCCAGCGGGUGACGAGGGACCCUCUGCGGCAAUUGAUUUCAGGCCAAGUUUGGAUGAAUGCGCGGUGCAUAUAAAAUUUGCUCACCUGCUACUGCAUAAAAUAAGAUCGACAGUGCAUCUAGGCUUACAACCACCGAACAGCCGCGAUGACGAAGAUUAUGGCUGGCUACCAUCAUUCGAACCUGAUGUCAAUCGGAGGCAGUUGCCGGCAACAUUUCCGCGUAAAACGAAAAUGAAGAGUCGUUUAGAAGGGAUCGAGUGUUUUGAAAAACUCUGUUUGAAAAUCCUAUCAAUCACCACUGAAAUGCCUUCAAAACUAACAAAUAUCGAGGAUAUCAUCGAUUUUUUGCGCACGUACAGUUUGACGGAUAGCUGUGUGUUGUCGCGGUCGCUGUUGCAGUUGGUUCUUUUUCCCAGGGACGAUCGCCUUAUGGGUCGCACCCCGUUAUCAUCUGUUAUUAUUGAAUCUAUUCGUCUUUUUGCGGCACCUGCUAUCCUCGAUCCGACCAGUACCGCUUUAACGGAUGAACAGUGUCGUACUUGCUGGAAUGAAUUUGUGAAUGAUUCCGUGAAAGUUUUCCUCAGCGUAAUUCAGAUGUUUGGACAGAAUCUAGCAAGGCAACGUGAAAAAAUUAUUAAUUGCAUCGAGGAUUUUUCGGCGCUACACACUGAGGAGUCAUCAGCAAGCCUCUCUUUAACCUCAUUCGUCCUGUUGCAUACAUUGUCGCUCAUCAGAUAUCAUUUUUAUCUGUCAUUCUACUUGGAUCUUUUUGCUCCAUUUGAGUAUCCAUACGUUUAUUGGUAUUUGGGUGGAGUGGUGCUAAAGUGGCUUGUCAAUACGUUCGAUCGUUCCGUCACGCUCAUCGCUGCCGGCGAAAAAAGAAGUAUAGCUUUCAAAACUUUUCAUUUUUCUACCGCACUUUUUUAUUUCCUUUAUUCCUUGACAGUAACAAGCACAAAGUAG